GUACGGGUUGAACAGUCAACUGAAAUUUAGUUUCAAUUCCUUCGUUUAACAAGUUUGUGUUGAUUGUUUCCGUCAUGAAUCCAUAUUUUUCUGCCUCAUGUUGGAUAUUCAUUCUUGCUACAUCUCUGACUAGGUGUCUUUAUGGUGAAUCCUUACCUGAGAAAUCUACAAAAAAUACAGAAAAGGAAAAUGUUGAGGCACUGUUUUCCGAAUUUUGGACAUGGAGGUUGCAACAAAGUCCAGAAUUUGCCUCUGAAGUAGGAAACCACACGUUUGAUGACCGCCUAGAUUCAUACGCUCUAGAAGUCUUCAGAAAAAGAAUGACAGAUGCUGAGAGGUUCCUUCAAAUCGCUCACGAAUUACUUCCUAAUUUGGAAGAUGGAACGUACCGUUCUAACUUAGAACUUUUAAUUUCCGAACUGCAACUAUUCGUUGACGGUAUGAAAUUUUCAGGGUAUUUUUUUCCUGUUAAUCGCUUAGAAGGAGUACAGCGGAACUUGGUAAUUACAGUGAACAGUGCUAUGAAGUUUGAUACCACUGAAGACUUUAGAAAACUGAUUUCACGGUAUCGUGCUUUUCCAAAACAGGCAGAGGAAAUAAUUGAACUAAUGAAAGAAGGAAUCCGUCAAGGUCGAACUAACCAUGCUGUCUCCAUGAAACAUGUAGUUGAACAGUUUGCACUUCUUCAGAAACCUGUAGAGCUUUCACCAUUCUUCAAACCAUUUUUGUCCUUCCCGGAGUCAGUACCAUCUACAGAACAGGAGACACUGAAAUCUGAAGCUAAGCAAGCGAUUGAAAAAGAUUUGUUGCCUGCCUUUAAGAAGCUCGAAACUUUUAUAGAAAAGUUAAUAAAAGUGCUUGGAAAAAAUUCUUCAAGGUCAGAUUUCUUUCAAAAUCUAAGAAGUGAUCCCAGGUUUUUCUUUAAAACAAAAGAGGAUCUUCUAAAUGCUUACAAAGAUACUGUUGAUAACAUCAUUAGGCCGAAGCUUCCACUAGUUUUCAAGAACAUUCCUAAGGCCAAGUUAAUGUAUGUAUUAUAA